AUGGAAGGAGACGGAAAGAAGAUGGACCAAGCUCCUCCGACAAGAAAUCCAUUUGUGCAUAUCUUGAAAUACACCCCAAUGGAAAAAGUGAAGAUUGCACUAAUGACAGUCACGCUGUUUCCUGUGCGGCUGCUCGUGGCUGCGUCCAUGAUGCUGCUGGCCUGGCCUUUUGCCUUUUUGGCCACAGUUGGACACGCUGAAGAUGAUAUAACACCUCAAAGCUUUUGGCGUUGGCUUGUGGAUAUCAUUCUGAAGAUCAUCAUGCGGGUCAUGUGGUUUUCAGGAGGGUUCCAUUGGAUCUCUGUAAAAGGUCAAAGAGCAUUGCCUGCUGAAGCACCGAUCCUGACCUUGGCUCCCCACUCUUCAUAUUUUGAUGCCAUUCCGGUCACAAUGACAAUGUCAUCUAUUGUCAUGAAGGCAGAAAGCAAGGACAUACCCCUUUGGGGAACAUUAAUAAAGUUCAUCCGGCCAGUGUUUGUUUCAAGAACUGACCAAAACUCAAGAAAGAGGACCGUCGAAGAGAUAAAGCGCAGAGCCCAUUCUGGAGGUGACUGGCCACAGAUAAUGAUUUUUCCUGAGGGAACUUGCACAAACAGAUCCUGCUUGAUUACCUUCAAGCCAGGUGCAUUCAUUCCAGCUGUCCCUGUACAGCCCGUAGUUAUUCGAUAUCCAAAUAAAUUGGACACGAUCACAUGGACUUGGCAAGGACCUGGAGCGUUUAAAAUUCUCUGGCUUACCCUUUGCCAGCUUCACAAUGAAUUUGAAAUUGAGUUUCUUCCCAUCUACACACCAUCGGAGGAGGAGAAAAAUAACCCAGCCCUCUUUGCUGUUAACGUGAGACGGAUCAUGGCAAAAGCCCUGGGGGUCCCGAUCACGGACUACUCAUUUGAAGACUGCCAGCUGGCCAUGGCGGAGGGCCAGCUCCGACUUCCCGUCGACACCUGUCUGUUGGAGUUUGCCAAGCUUGUCAGGAGGCUGGGGCUGAAAUCCAAAAACCCAGAGAAGGAUCUACAAGAGUAUGGAAACAAAGCCAAGCAGCUGGAUGGUCAAAAACUCAAUCUGGAGCAGUUUGCAAAGUUUCUGGAUUUGUCAGUCUCUGACAUGCUGCGAGACAUGUUUGCUCUAUUUGAUGAGCAUGAAGACAACUGUAUUGAUGUGAGAGAGUACCUAAUAGCCCUGUCUGUUGCUUGCCGACCCGCCAAAACAAUGGAAACGUUAAAACUGGCUUUCAAGCUGUUUGAGUCAGACAACGACGGGGCAGUCACAGAAGUGGAGCUGUCUGUCAUAUUGAAGACCGCUUUAGGCGUGUCCAACCUGAGUGUGUCACGCCUGUUCUCCUCCAUCGAUUCAAAAAACACGGGCAAAAUCACAUAUGACGCGUUCAAAAGCUUUGUGGAAGAGAACCCAGAGUUUGAUGAGGAGUACUUGUAUGUAGUAAACCCACAGCUACAGAGAGGGCCCUGUCACCAGAAGAAGCCGAGUCUGUCUUCCCUCGCCUGUCUCAACCUGCCUGGCAUCGCCACCACCAAAGCCGCUAAUGGCCUCUUCUGCCCAGAUUUUAGUGAUGGCAAAACAGAUGGACUCAAGAAACACAAUUAA